GCUGUAAACACGCGUCGAAGGUGCGCGAAUCAUGCAAACGGAAUUCACCCGAGCGUUCAAGAUAAUAUCGUGGAACAGACGGUUCUUAAUCAUUCUCGGAAUAUGGCCUACUAAAGUGAAUCGGGUGGCGUUCGUAUUCUUCCUCGUCUACGUGGCGAUCCAUUGCACCAUGGGAGGGGCUCACUUGGUCAAAUAUUUCAGCAAGCCGGAAUACAUCGUCGCCAAUCUGACGGAGAACGUUCUAUUCACGAUGAUAAUAGGCAAGAUGCUCAUAUGCGAGCGCAGCCGCAGGAUAAUGGUCUACUUUUUAAACACCAUCCAGCCCGACUUUUCGGCCAAGAGUUACAGCAACGCGCGGGAGAAGGCGUUGUAUUUGCAUUACAACGAGUUCGCACUUAUAUUCAUCAAAGUGUCGCUAGGCUUGGCCACGUUAACGACUAUAUUGUAUUAUAUAAUGGGGUUUCUCGAAAACUGGACAGUAUCGACUCGUAACGCUUCGUACGAAUUACCAUACCGGACGUAUCCUUUCUUCGAAAUCCAGGAUAGUACCACCUACUUCUGCCUUUGCGCUUAUCAAAUAAUUGCCUUGCCGACGAUAGUGUGCGGCUAUUCGGCACCGGAUUCCUUCGUACUCAGCAUGGCCCUCCACAUCUGCGGCCAACUCGCCGUUCUGUCGUGUAAAAUCGAACAAUUGUUGAAAGAUCACGAGAAUUAUAAUCAUCAUAUCGGUACCAUUGUAUUGAGGCAUCGUCAGCUAAUCAAAUUAGCAGAGAUCUUGGAAAACAAUUUCAGUAUGAUAUUUCUUCAGCAAACUCUAGGCACCGUUUUCUUGCUCUGUUUGACUACGUAUCAUAUGUUCGCGAAUUCGGUGAAUGGCGCCAGCACUAACGUCGUGACUUUCUUGUUGUACACAAGCUGCGUGAUCAGCACGAUUUUCGCGUACUGUUACAUCGGAGAAUGCCUCAUUAAGGAGAGCGUCAGAUUGCGCGACACUUUUUACAACACCGAUUGGUACAAUAUUUCGCCGUCGUGCGGGAAGAUUCUCAGUAUUUGUAUGAUCCGACCCGAAAAGCCGCUGGUGUUGACCGCCGGUAAAUUCUACCCGUUAUCACUGAACACAUUCACAAGUAUAGUGAAAACUUCGAUGGCGUACUUGUCCAUAUUGCGCAACUUCCUGUGAGAAGUCUUCGAAAAAAGUCUUCGCAUGAGAAGAUUCGAAAUAUUUUUCGAAAUAUGAAUUACGGAGAAUACGCGAAAAUUUAUCUACAAGACGAGAUAUAGGCAUAAGCAAAACUAGAUUUUUAAUUGUAUUUGAUGACCCCAUAAUUUUGAUGAAUUCAUGAACUUACCAGCGUCAAAUAAAUACCUUGCCUUAUAUCAAUAAUAAUCUUCGAUACAAAUCUCUCCGUUAAGCUGCUCGUACACAAUGAAAGAUAACGAAAGAUAAUUUUUAUAAAUAAAAUUGGUGUAAAUAUUAUCGUUUUGCUACAGCUUGCUUCUCUCACAUGUCGAUGACAUGUGAUGUUAGUCGAUGUGAUAUUUCCAAUACUUUUUUCGACACUAACAAGUGAAAAAGGUUAUUGAUAUAUUUCUGAUAAUAAUAGCUUGGAGAAACAAUGAGAUUUUAACGUGUGUCUACUUGCCGAUUUUUGCCGAUCUUCAACUUCUAGUUUCUCGUUAGUUUCUAGUAAAUUUCAUACCGGCAAAUUUCAAGCUCAAUACCGAUGUGUGACUCAGCGAGUGACUUUGAUAUAAAAUAUCAAAGAUAAAAUACAAUAUGUCAACGUAGUUUCAAUAAGAAUAUCCGCGAUAUGUCCACGUCGACAGCCAUGACUAUGGUUGAGACUUCGCGAAGCAUUGGACAAGUUCGUCGACUACCCGAUGUUAAAAAUAGCUGCGCGAUAGUUCCUCCACAAAAUGCUAUAAGCGCGUUUGCUUUUCGUCAUAAACGCGAGACGGUAAGAUAAUCGAUGCGCUAGGUAAAAUGACGUUUAAUAAUGGCUUAAUGCCUUAAUAUCGGUUUGGAUGAAUAUAACAGAUGUCUGUGUAUACAUUACGACCGUCGGACAUUUAAUCGUGCGCAAACCAACAACGGAAAUCAGGCAAGUACGAGCGCGUCGCAAACGCUCGGUCCUCAAAUCUUAAGUUUAAUAAUAUUAAGCCCCAAUCACAUCAUCGAGUCGCAGUUGCGGAUAAUCGGUGAAUGAAGAAGCACAACUUCGGCGAUCGGUUGCGAGGGUGAGAGCACGGCUAUUUUUCGUGAAUCGCGAAUAUUCCUUGUUGGAACUUGUUGCACCCUUCUCAUCUUUUCGUGUUUGCCAAUCGAUCGCCAUUUUGAUGGCGAGUGCAAAAUGUAAAAAUUAGCCAAAAAAAAUUUCUCUAUCUUCCUGCGAUACUUACACGCGGAUAUUUUCGGCUACUUCGACCUCAUAGGUAACUUUUGACUAUCUUCACAAGUUUUCUUCACGUUGGAUAUACCAUCGUGUGUGUCAUUUCAGUUAUCAGGACAUCACACAUGGGGAAAUAAAGCAACUGAAGAAUCUUUCUCUCUCUUUCUCUCUCUCUCUCUCUCUCUCUCUCUUUCUUUCUCUCUCUCUCUCUCUCCUCUUUCUCUCUCGACGUAGUAGAUCCAAAUCUCGUCGUUGCCGUAAAGGGAAAUGUAUCGUUCGAAAAGAUCCACGAUAUGCGCGAAGACCAAGUCUGGCAAGGACUAUACUGUAAGUGUGAAAGUCUUGGGGAAUAAAAGUACUCUUAAGGGAAAGGAAUUGUGAUGUCUCAUUCACUCGAAGUUCUUCCUUUGAUGCAAACUCGAAAAGCGAGAGAAAAAUAAGAUACGACCCGAUCCCGUUACGCUUUCAUUCUGAACUUCUUGAUUCUUGCAGACUGAUGUCGGCCAUAUCGAAGAUUUGUUCGUUCACUUAGAACGGAUCUUCUCCAUCGGGGGGAUAUGGCCGUUCGAGCGUACGUACGUUCGUUUUGCGAUUUACAUCUUGUAUUUUAUGCUGUACCUCGUCAUGGCGUACGCGAAUUUCUGCGAGGUCUUCGGUGAUCUUGAGCUGAUGGUGAUGAAUCUCGUAGAGACGAUGGCCUACACCACCACUUUCACAAUGGUGUGUAUGAUCCGUUGCAGCGGCUUGCUGAAGCGCAUCAUCGUCGUGAUGAGGCAGGACAUGAUGGAGCAGAAGUUCGAGGAUCCCGAGGAAGAGAGGAUUUACUACAGUUACAAUUACACGUCUAAGAUAUUUCUCUAUGGCUCGAUCGUCGGCAUGUUCGUCACGGUGAUGUUGUUAUA